AUGUCAGGAUACAGUUUCCGCGUCUACUUCCGGAAUGUGAAACUGAAUCUAGGGAACGCUUACAUGCCACAUCAUGGGUUAUUUAUAGCACCUCUCAAUGGUAUAUAUCUGUUUGCUAUCACUGCAUGUUCAUCUCCAGAUAAAUUCAUUACACUUGAGCUUGCUGUCAAGAAUAGUAGUGUUGGUCUACUGUUGGCUGGAGACAAAGAUUACAGCGACUGCAACUCAAAACAAUUCAUGGUGCAACUUCAAGCCGGCGAUCAUGUUUUCACAGAAAAUGGUGGUAGUGGGAAUUUUCUUGAAGCAGCCUCGAGUUAUGGGUUUCCAUCAUUCAUGGGCGUGCUUUUACACGAUGAUUAA